ACUGGCAGCUUCCAGACGGAGAGGGAGGGAUCGGGCUCGGGCUGCAAGUGUCUAGCUGCAGCUUUAUAGCUGUGCACCAUCCCCAGUUUAUCUAUUCCAGCAUCACUUCAGCAAGAAAUGCUCAGUUAUUCAUCAAUUAUAGUUUUAAGUGAAUUGAAAUAGGGGCUUCAACAUGUCAGACAAGAGUGAUUUGAAAGCAGAACUGGAGCGAAAAAAGCAAAGACUGGCUCAGAUACGCGAAGAGAAAAAAAGAAAAGAAGAAGAAAGGAAAAAGAAAGAGGCUGAGUUGCAACAGAAGAAAGAAGUUCCCCCUGAGGACUCUGAUCUUGAUCGCAAACGCAGGGAGACAGAGGCUUUGCUGCAGAGCAUAGGCAUAGCCCCAGAGCCAGCACUAGUGCAGCCUUUGCAAAUAGUAACAUGGGAUGCCUGUUAUUUUCAUUAUUUAGUCCCAACCCCCAUGUCUCCCUCCUCGAAAUCAGUGAGCACGCCCAGUGAAGCUGGAAGCCAGGAUUCGGUAGACGGUGGACAUGGUGGAAGAGCACUACAAUGGGAUACGGAUCCUUCUGUUCUGCAGCUGCAGUCUGACUCAGAUCUUGGCCGCCGCUUGCCUAAACUUGUGAUUUCGAAAAUUACCCAAGUUGAUUUUUUACCUCGCGAGGUGGUGUCGUACUCCAAAGAGACCCAAACGCCAAUUGCUCACGAACCAGAAGAAGAUGAGGAUGGUGAGAUGCCCGAACUGAAUCUCGGAACUGAAUCAGAGUUGGAGAACCAAGAGGCGAAAGCUGAAAGUAAAGAAGCUUCUCCAAGAGAACUUACUGAAGAGGAGAAGCAACAAAUUCUUCAUUCGGAGGAAUUUUUGAUUUUCUUCGACCAUAACAUACGCAUCAUAGAACGUGCUCUUGCUGAAGAUUCCAGCCUCUUCUUUGACUAUGGUGGCAAAGAAUUGGAUGAAAAAGAAGGAGAUUUUCAAUCUGGUCUAAACCUUUCAUUUAACCGGCAAUUUUAUGAUGAACAUUGGUCAAAACAUCGUGUCGUGACCUGUUUAGAUUGGUCACUUCAGUAUCCUGAACUGAUGGUUGCUUCUUAUUGUAACAAUGAAGAUGCCCCACAUGAGCCGGACGGGGUAGCUUUGGUUUGGAAUAUGAAAUUUAAGAAAAACACUCCAGAAUAUAUCUUCCACUGUCAGUCUCCAGUAAUGUCGGUCUGCUUUGCCCGAUUUCACCCAAACCUGGUAAUUAGUGGCACCUACUCUGGACAAAUUGUUCUCUGGGACAACCGCAGCCACCGCCGAACUCCAGUUCAACGUACACCACUUUCUGCUGCUGCUCAUACUCAUCCUGUGUAUUGUGUGAAUGUCGUUGGGACGCAAAAUGCUCAUAAUCUGAUUACAGUUUCCACAGAUGGAAAAAUGUGCUCCUGGAGCCUGGAUAUGCUUACUCAACCACAAGAAAAUAUGGAGUUGGUAUACAACAAGUCAAAGCCCGUAGCUGUCACUAGCAUGGCUUUUCCAACAGGAGAUGUCAAUAAUUUUGUUGUAGGCAGCGAGGAGGGUAUGGUUUAUACUGCAUGUCGCCAUGGCAGUAAGGCUGGUAUUGGUGAAAUGUUCGAGGGGCAUCAGGGUCCAGUGACGGGUAUUAACUGCCACAUGGCUGUGGGACAGAUUGAUUUCUCUCAUCUGUUUGUCACCUCUUCAUUUGAUUGGACAGUCAAAUUGUGGUCCACGAAGCACAACAAGCCUCUCUACUCCUUUGAAGACAAUGCAGACUAUGUCUACGACGUCAUGUGGUCACCAGUGCAUCCUGCACUAUUUGCCUGUGUGGAUGGGAUGGGACGAUUAGACCUCUGGAACCUCAAUAAUGACACAGAGGUACCAACAGCAAGUGCAACAGUCGAGGGAACAUCGGCACUAAACAGAGUCAGAUGGGCAUCGACUGGCAGAGAGGUGGCUGUGGGAGAUUCAGAAGGACAUGUAUGGGUUUAUGAUGUCAGUGAGCAAUUGGCAGUCCCACACAGUGAUGAAUGGGCUCGUUUUGCUCGGACCCUGGUGGAGAUCCGGGCUAACCGGGCAGAUGCUGAAGAGGGAAGUGUAGUUGAACUGUCUGCACAGCUGUAAGCCAUUAUCUACACCCAAAGCCUUGCCAGCCCUAUGAUGCCAUACCAGAUACGCCAGCGUAAAGUGCCAUUUAAGAUAUAAAGCUGCUAUUAUUUUUUUUCCAUUUCGCACUUCGAAUAUGUUAUGUUAAAUGUGUUUAAAAAUCACAAUGCAUUAUGAAAUUUCUGGGUUCUAAGAUCUUCAAUAUGUGUCAAAUUAUGAAAGUAUAAAUAUGCAUUAAUGCAUUGGUUAGUUUCAUUUAAUGACAUGAAACCCAUAGUUAAAUUUUGUUUGCUGGCUUAUGUGCUAUACAUCUAUUAGUUCCAUAUGAUGCCAGAUAUGAUGUGCAGAUGUGGCAAGCCAUACUGUACAAGACUGAGCCAAGAAUUUCAAAUGUGUUUUCAAAUGUGCAUUCAGAGUGCACACAUUAUGAAUGGUUGUACUGUAUUAGCAUUGCUCUUUAUUUAUUAAACAACUGCAUGGAACAUACUAGAAAAAUAUUAAACUAACCUAGAACAUGUGCUAUC